AUGAGUUAUUCCAAUAGUAGCAUAAAACAAGGAUCCAACUCAGUAAGUGUUUAUAAUACAAGGACUGGAAACGUAAGUAAAACGAAAUUAAUUCGCCUACCAAAUGGACACUAUAGACGGGUAGUAGACAUUUCAAACAAAGACGAAAAAGAGAUAUUAUUUAGAACAUGCAAAUGCGCGUGUCCUACCCCUAGGAACGAAGUGCCCCGAAAAACAUACAUGUCUCCCAUAAAUAAUAUAUCACCUGCCUCAUAUAGAAAAAGGAUAUAUUCUUCCUUUGACAAUAAAGAAAACACCAAUAUUGAACAUGAAGAGCCUGCUAGAACUUUUUCCGAAACGUCAUCGAGACAAGAAAGUACAAUAGACGACGAAACAGAGACUUUAAUUAAUAGUAAAGAAACUGAUGAUGACAAUCAAUUUGAACGAUUAUUCGAAGAAUUAGAAGAAGAAGACGAAGAAGAAAAAGAAGAAAAAGAAGAAAAAGAAGAAAAAGAAGAAGAGUUGAUUGAGGAAAAAGAAGAAGAGGUGGUUGAGGAAAAAGAAGAAGAGGUGGUUGAGGAAAAAGAAGAAGAAUUGGUUGAGGAAAAAGAAGAAGAAUUGGUUGAGAAAAAAGAAGAAGAAUUGGUUGAGGAAAAGGAAGAAGAAUUGGUUGAGAAAAAAGAAGAAGAAUUGGUUGAGGAAAAAGAAGAAAUUCCACCUGAAAAUAAAACAUUAAUAAUGCCUUCCAAAACAUUAAUGAAAGGAAUAAAAACUAAUAUUUACUUUUUAUCGAAUAAAGAAAAAAUUCAGGUUUUAAUGUGUUAUAAUUACAAAUGUGAUGCUGUAGUAUUUGAAAAGGACACAUUUUUAAGAUAUCUAUAUAUAAAAUCUAUUAAUAAUAUUAUAUUAAAUGAACGAAUGAUUGAGCAGUUAUGUAAAAAUGAAAACUUAAAAUAUAUAUUAGCAUGCAAUUCCAUUGUUAUAGAAUCUAGCGAUUUUAUAAAACCCUUAAUUAUUGAAUUCGAAUCUUCAACUUCGAGAAAAAUAUUCGUUAAACAUAUAAAACAUAAUUCACAAAAAGAAAUGGAUAUUAAUAAAUUCAAUGAAUAUAUGCGUGAGCUUAAUUCAAAUGAAAAAAUGCGUCUUAAAAAAGUUGAACGAUUUCAUUCCAUAAAUUUGGCGGCCACCAAAUGA